UUUUGCUGGUUUUGGAGGUGGAACUUUCUUCCUUUUGAGGCCUCCAAGCUAUCCUUUCAGGGAGAGAGCAGGCAGGGGAUGCAGGAAGGCAGGAGUUUUCAAGUAUUCUUCACUUGUUUGUAUUAGGGGAGGAUUAAGAAGAGACAUAAGGCACAAUGUUUUCCGACUUGUUUUUACGUAUUUUACCGGGGCAUAUCAGUUUCAUAUGGAAUAACUGGGGCAUUGAGCUGCUCGUAUUUGCGAACUUCAUGUUCCAAGUGAUCUUAACUUACAAUGGAAGUCGAAGAAGACACACACCAGGAUAUAAGCUCAGUUUAACUGUUUGGUUUUCCUACUUACUUGCAGCUAAAAUCGCAACUGUUGUUCUAGGUAAGCUCACGACGAUCGACAUAGGCCAUGAACGGCGCAACACGCACACCCAAGUUCAGGCAUUAUUGGCGCCGUUGAUGUUCAUGCAAAUAGGAAAUCCAGAUACAAUCACAGCCUACUCAAUCGAAGACAACCAACUAGGAGUGAGGCAAGUUUUCAGCAUGGUGAUCCAAGUGACAAUUAUGUUCUACAUUCUCGUAAGGUCAUGGACAGAUUCCAAAACAUCGUUUCUUUACUUGCCAAUGUCCUUGGCUGGGAUAAUCAAGUAUGGUGAGACUUCAUGGGCUCUAAAAUCAGCUCUAAGUGGCAACUUGGGGUUCACAAUAGCUGAUUUCUUCAAAUAUCAUGAAGUAGCUAAUUUGUUUGACAAAUUACCACAGAAUGAACUUCCAGAGGCAAAAUUGAUCCUAAGAGCUUAUUACAGAUUCUGCUGCCUAAAACCUCAUCUCGAGAAUUGGCUUUACUAUCCUCCAACGGAUUGUGAUCAUAAGAAACUAUACAUUGAUGAUUGUGAGUAUGAAGAUGUGUUCAGAAUUACAGAUUCUGAAUUGGGUUUCAUGUAUGAUGCACUCUACACUAAGGCACCUGUUAUAUAUACUCGUAAGGGCUUAAUUCUUCGUUUCAUAAGCUUGCUAAGCCUAAUUGCCACACUAUGUGGGUUUUCUGUCUUGUUCAAGGAUGCAUUUGUGUAUAACAUUAGUGUUGGGUUCAUCCAUUAUGUGUUGAUAGCAUCUUUGAUCAUUGAGAUUUAUCAGAUAAUGAGAAUACCCUUCACAGAUUGGGCUAUAGUACAGAUGAUAAGACACCAUGAAACUUUUCCCAUCCUUCGGGGUCUCUUACACUCUCUUGCCCCUCAGUCAGCAACAUGGAGAAGAUGGUCUAAUACAAUGGGGCAGUUCAAUCUCUUAGAUUUCUGCUUGCAAACCAAGCAUCGAAACUACAGCAGAAUCAAACUUCUCCGGACUUGGGGAUUGGAUAUGAAACUCCGAAAGCAAAUGAGUUUGGAUCGAAUUGACGUCCAUCCAGAAGUGAAAGAACUUGUGGUCACAGAACUAAGAGAGAUAGAGAAGAUCAAAGGACAAGAAGAAUUUGAACAAAGAGGCCAAUGGACAAUCGAUAGGUACAAAACAAAGCUGAAACAGAACGAUGACAGCAUAUUGAUCAAAGCACUUGAAACAACAGUAAACAAGAGACCAUUUGAUAAGAGCAUCUUCAUAUGGCACAUCACAACAAAUAUUUUCUAUCACAUCAGACGUUUUCAUGAUACUAGCAUAGGUAAUAAAAUGGAAGCUAUAAUGAGUAUAUCAAAUUAUAUGAUGUACCUUUUGGUGACUCGUUCCCACGUGCUAUCAACAACAACGGGAGAGAUUAUCUUUGACCAUUCGUGCGUGAAGCUUGGGAAGUUCACAAGAACUGGACAUCUAAACAAAGAGGACGCCUGCAAUGCUCUUCUGAAUUUACAGAAAGAAGGUACCCUUCAAGCCGAGGAGCCUCAUGAACCAUCAGAAGCAGAGAAGGUAGUUGUAGGGAAUUGGCAUCUGCUGAAGGAUGUGAAAGAUCUUGCAGAUAGCUUAUUGUUUCUGAGCAAUGAAAACAGAUGGCAGCUAAUUGGCAGUAUGUGGUUUGAGAUGUUGGGAUAUGCUGCAAGUAAAUGUGAAAUGGAAUAUCAUUCAGAACACAUCAGACAAGGCGGUGAAUUGAUUACUCAUGUUUGGCUUUUGAUAGCCCAUAAUGUUACCAAAUACAGUUCAUAUGAGUAUCAUGUGGGCGGCCAAGAUGAAGAGAUUGCAGCUAAUUCUCGUUAGUUUUUCCACUUCUUUUUCCCUGAGAAACCAAUUUGAUUGAUUGGAAAAGGAAAUUUUGGAGGAUAACUCCAAGAUCUUAUCCUGUUCAUGCGUUUAUUGAUUUGAUCUAAUGAUAAAAUGAAGUAUCACGA